AUGAUACGCGGAAGUUGCAUUGAUUUCGCGAUUAGAGACAUCGCAAGGGUCGUCAAAAUUGAACUGGAUGAAAUCUACAGCGACCUCGGCCCGGAGCAGCAAUUUAUCUUUUUGUGUCGGACGAGAAAUGCCAAGUGUCGACCGCCACCUUUGUCAGGCAAAUUUCCGGAGCGACUAUUCGUGAAUCGACUUGCGUUCACAAGAGAUGAGCCGUUGGAUAGCAGCCAUUUCAGGGAUUUUGAAGCGAGUUUAUUUUUGGAGCACAGAUACGUGUGCGCGUUUAUUAAAGAUGUAUCCAACCGCGUCGUGUGGCAGAACUGCGUUGAACCCCCCGUGCACCCGUUUCCAACAAGAUCAAUCUAUGUUGACAGAUGGGAUGAGCUGGAGAAGGCACUCAAGGAUUUUUCGCAAAAAUCGGCCCAGCGUCGAAGUUCCCGAUACGUGCAAGACAGUGGGGCCGUCAUGCCGGGCUCCAGCGGCGGCACCAGCAACUCGGAAUUCGUCGACGGGGCGAAAGCGUGCAACAUUGAAGAGCUGACGACUACUCCAAAACAUUUCGGCUCCUCCUUCGAGUUGGACGUCAAGAAGCUGCAGCAAUGGGCCGAGGAGGCGGGGAUUCUGGAAGAGAUUUUGUCGAAUACAAAGGCGAAUAAUCGUCCCAAGCGGAAACUGGCCACCGCCGAGGUGGAGAAGCUAAUUGACGCGAAUUGGGCGGGCACGAAGAGGCGCGACGAGUGCACGCUGAUCAUCACCGAGGGCGAUUCCGCAAAAGCGUUUGCAAUGGCCGGGCUGGAGGCCAAAGGUCGUGAUCGCUUCGGGAUUUUGCCGAUUCGCGGGAAGCUGCUGAACGUGCAGGACGCGGCUGAGGCGCGGGUCUUCGCCAACAAGGAGAUUCUAGCGCUUUGUGCGGCGCUGAAUUUGGAUAAAAAUCGGACGUACGAAACGCAAGCCGACCUCGAUUCCCUUCGCUAUGGAAAACUGAUGCUGUUGGCAGACCAGGACGACGACGGCGCGCGCGUCAAGGGCCUCGUCAUCAAUUUCAUCGGCCACUUCGGGCCAGCUUUUCUACGCACCGGCUUCCUUUCUAGCUUCCUGACGGCGUUGAUCAACGCCCGUCGCGGCGACGAGGUGAUGAACUUCUUCUCGCAGUCCGAGUUCCGUGGCUGGUUCGACCGGCAGCCGGACGCACACAAGUGGAAAAUCAAAUACUACAAGGGGUUGGGCACGUCCACCUCUCAAGAGGCGCUCGAGUAUUUUCGGAAUUUGGAGCAACAUGUCGUGCCGUUUCGCUGGAGCGCUGGCGACGAUGAGCAGCUACAGAUGGCUUUUGAUCCGUGCAAAUCAGCGGCAAGGAGGGGCUGGUAUCAGCGAAGGAAUACGGAGCUAGCCAAGCAGGGCGAUGAUGUCAAGGUAUUGCGGUCCAGCGACGGCAUCACCUACUCAGAAUUCGUCGACCAAAAGUUGUUUCGAUAUACGCUACUCAGCAUCCGGCGCCACAUCCCGAGCGUGAUGGACGGGCUGAAGCGGAGCCAGCGGGAGGUGCUGUACACCUGCUUGAGCCAAAGUCGCGACGCCGAAAGCAAAGUGUCGCAGUUGGCAUCGGCGGUCGCGUUGGCGCAAUCAUACCAUCAUGCCGAGGCCUCCCUCGAGGGCGCAAUCGUGCGACUGGCCCAGGAUUUCGUCGGCGCCAACAAUGUCCCGCUUCUGCUGCCAAUCGGCCAGUUUGGCACUCGAUUCACCGGUGGAGAGGACGCCGCUUCGUCGCGCUACAUUUACACCAAGUUGAGCCCCGUCGCCCGGCUGCUGUUUCCGGCACAGGAUGAGCCGAGCCUGGAAUUUGUGGUUGAGGAGGGGCAACGGGCCGAGCCGAAAUGGUUGUGUCCCGUGGUACCUACCGUAUUGCUCAAUGGAUGCGAAGGACUGGCAACGGGAUGGUCCAGCUCGGUCCCGCCCUACAAUCCAAGCGACGUCAUUGGAAACGUCAGACGCUUGAUCCAAGGAAAGCCGACGCACAAGAUGAUUCCGCACUUUCGAGGCUUCACAGGGGGCAUCGUGGCCGAAGAAGAGCGAAAUUCCUACAAAGUCCAAGGCGUCAUUCGAGUGCUGAAAAUUCACGGUCCUGAGCGAACCCGUAUCUGCAUCACGGAGCUGCCGGCGCGCGUCUGGACCGAGGACUACAGGCGCGACGUGAUUGUUGCGUUGCAGAAAGAGGGCAUCAUCAAGGGCCUCUCCGAGCAGCACACCGAGAACAAAGUGCACUUCGAAUUCGACCUCAUCCAUCCACCACUUUUGCCCGCCAACUUGCGCAUCGCCGGGAUGGGCGCCCGGUUUCUGGCCGACCCGCAACUACGAAUGGCGCGCACGUUGAGGACCAGUAAUAUGGUGCUGCACGACCCGGCUUCUCUCAUCAAACACUACCAAUCCACCGACGACAUCUUCGCCGACCACUUUGCCUUUCGCCAUCGUCUCUAUGAGGAGCGAAAAGCCCGCGAAAUGGCCGGGAUCGAGGCCAAGCUUACGUUGGCGCGUAAUCAGCAUCGAUUCAUGGCGGACGUGAUCGAGGGAAGACUCCAGCCAAACGACGACGAGAUUGUGGGCCGUCUCGUGGAGCGAGGCUACCAUUCGGAUCCGCGGAGAGUGGGAAAGAAUCCCGAAUACGAUUACCUGCUCGACGUGCCCAUCCGAAGACUGCGACGGGGCGAGAUGUCGAAGCUCGAAGCGGACAUUCGACAUCUGGAAACACGUCUUCAAGCUACCCAGUCCAGAACCGUCAUCCAGAUGUGGUUGUCCGAUUUGGAUAUUGUCGAGCAGGAGCUCCGAACGUCUACUUCCCCGAAACGC